AUGUCCAAGCAGUUCACCAAGGCCGAGGUCGCCCAGCACAAGGACGAGGCGAACGGGAUCUACAUCAUUGUUGAUAACGGCGUUUAUGAUGUUACCAAGUUCCUCGACGAGCACCCGGGCGGCUCCCGCAUCCUGAAGCGCGUCGCCGGCAAGGAUGCCUCCAAGCAGUUCUGGAAGUACCACGGCAAGCACGUCCUCGAGAAGUACGGACCCAAGCUGAAGGUUGGCGAGGUCAAGGCUGAGGCCAAGCUCUAA